CCUGGCCCGAGCCUGCACUCAGCUCCCCGCGGGCGGCGCGAUGCUGCCCGUGCUCCGCCGUGCCGCCGCGGCCGCCCGCCCCGCGAGGCUGCAGGGCCCGCGCGCGCGGCUCGGGGCGGGAGCUGCCCGUGGGGCAGCUGCCGUCCAGCAGACGUCCGGCGCCGAGUCCGUCGAGGUGUUUCCGGCGCUGCUGCACAUUCAGUGGCAGGAUUCGGGAUGGGACCAAGUCCGAACUGAACGCUAACUGGCUGCGCGAACGUUGCCUGUCCAGCGCCGCGGUGGAUGCCCAGACGAAGCAGCCAUUGGCCAACCCCCACGAUCUGCCAGAGCGCCUAUCGAUGAUCGACGCAAAGCUGCACGGCAACUCGCAGCUCGACGUGGUCUUCAGCGACGGGCACCAUUCACAGUUCUUCUUGCCGCGUGUGCAGUCUGAGCUGCGAAGCUUCGACCGCAGCCCCAUCCAGGUCAACGAGUACGAUCGCCCGAGCCCCAUGCUUUGGUCCGGCGACGCCUUCGAGUUGUCCGUCUUCCAGCACGACGCAGUGCGCGAGGACGGUGACGAGGGCGAGCGGCUUCGGCUGAUCAAGGACCUUCUGACGUUUGGCGCAGCGCUUGUUAAGGGGGUCCCACGUCGAGAGGGGGAGGUCUGCAGGUUCGGGCAGACGCUCAGCACGCUGCGGACCACGAACUGGGGCUCGUUCUUUAACGUGCGCACCGUGCCAGACACCAGCGCAGAGGCCGGCGGGCCGAAGUUUGACCUGGCCUACACCCCGCGCCCGAUCGGAUUCCACACGGACAACCCGUACCGCGAUCGGGCCCCCGACUUCCAGCUCCUGCACGCGCUCGAGCACUGCAGCUGCCCCGCGAGCGCUGCCCCGUGCGAGGACUGCUCCGUGCUGAACUAUCUCGUCGACGGCUUCCAUGUCGCAGAGAAGCUCCGGGAGGAGAGCCCGGACAGCUUCCGCCUGCUGACCGAGGUGCCCGUGCGCUUCGAGAACAACGGUGGGGACGACGGCUCGGCCCUGGUGCACACCGCCCCGCACAUCGAGCUCGGCAGCGACGUCUCCCAGCACGCCGAGUGCACCAUCCGUGCGCUGCGGUUCUCGGCGAAGAGCGGCCAGUACGCCCCCCCGCUGGACCCGGAGACCCUCGAGGCCUUCUACCGCGCGAGGCGCCGGUUCUCGCAGCUGGCGCACGACAAGAAGCACAUCUGCUCGAUGCAGCUCGAGCCCGGGGAUUGCCUCGUCUUCGACAACCAGCGCUUGUUGCAUGCUCGCAGUGAGAUCCGCCCCAGUGAUGGGGACCGUUGGGUUCAGGGCUGCUACAUCGACCGGGACGGCCUGUGGCUGAACUAUGAGCGCUUGCGGCGGCGGGCCAACCGCGAGUGA